AUGGCCAUCAUCGAUACCCUUCCCGCUGUCAGCGUUUCUGUUCGCCUCAAGAAAGCCUACCGAGACGCUGACGAAUACCCCGACCCUUAUCCGUACCAUGAGCAUGAGAGAUACAUGGACGACUACGAGCAGUGCGCCCGCAACUACAUUGAGAGUAAGGAAGGCACCGAGUUCGCAGUUCACGUCAAUGUCUUGGACGAUGCCAGCAUUGAUCCGUGGAUCCAUCACGACGAAGGCUUGGUUUUCCUUCUCUUCCUCGACGGCCACUUCAUGGGAAAGCGAUUCUGCUACGAUGAUGAUUUCAAACAUGGAGGCUGGCACUUUGCCUUCAAAGGCAAGAGACAUCCCAACCAGGAUAGAACUGCCAUGGUUGAGAGUAACUUCAAGUUCCAGACGAUUACUGCAGUUGACCAAGACGCUACCGACGGCGAAUUGAGACGCGCCAAGGAUCUUGGUACAAUCGAGGUGCGCAGACCGUUCCGCGAGCCGGGGUAUAACAAGUGCGAGAUAUCCGAGGAAGCUAUCAAGGGCCGACCUAUCUACCAUGGCACUUCCUUCACCCCGCCAGUGAACAAGAGUCUGCGACCUCCUAGCUAUGCCCAUCGAGCAUCGAUAGAGCGAAUUCGCACUGGUCCCCUCUUCGCGACCUACACAUUCAAGUAUCGCUCGCGAGAUGCGCUGAAGAUUGAGGAGAUCCUUCACCAGACCCCCAGCCCUGAGCUUGCCCCGACGCCUUUCCCCCAUCAGAAACCGGCCUACUUGGGAAAGUCGAGCCUUCCCAGAUUCGAGGACCUUCAUGAAGAUGAGGUCGAGCGUCUUGCUCGAGAGAGACACCAACAGCUUCAACAGGCGCAGCCUUCAGCUCAGAAGAACAAACGGAGCUACGACGACUUCUGUGAUCUUACGGACGGUGCUGAUGAGCAGUCGACACGUCCUUACAAGAUCAUCAAGCUGGGAAAUGGCCAUGACGCUAUUGAUCUCACGGGCGGCUACUAG